AUGAGAGAUCAAGAAUUUAAAAAAGUUAUACCCGCUAGUGAUAACAGUAAUACAGUUUAUGACAUACCUAUAUAUUCAGAUGAUUUCUUAAACUUCAAUAAAGGUAGAGACAGUGAACUUAGAAACCUUCGUAAAAAGGUAACAGACCAAGGACAAGAAGUAUCCGUCUUAGAUAAACAUAUUGAAAAUAUGCAAAAUGGUAUUAUUAAUUUAAUGGCUAACACUGAAAAACUCAAAACCGGAUGUUCAAAGUAUGAACAGUAUUUAAUUAAAUUACGAUCUCUACUUCUAGAUGCUUUUGCUAAUAUUGCAUUCCCAGAUAACACUGAGCCACCUACCAAUGAAACCAUUGACACAUUUAUGGUUAAUUUAGUCACACUUCUAUCAACUGAUACUGCUACUGAACCUUCCUGGAUUGCAAAUAUAAAACAGGUUAUUUCUAAUUUAGAUUUUUCACAAUGUUAAA